GAAUGUCGUAAAUGACAAAUUGUCCUAAAAAUAAAUAGUUUUCAUCACGUCAAAACAUCAAAGAUAAAUACGGAAUAUUGAAGUGUAAUUUGUUGUAGAAAUUUUUUAUUUAAACAAUGACUUCUUUUUUUGGUAAUGCUCUUGGGGGAAUUGGGGCCAUUGGGGGCAACCCCUUCGCAACACCCAUAGGAAUGAAGGUAGAACAAGCUACAGAUGGAUCGCUGGCAUCUGAAAAUUGGGCGCUAAACAUGGAAAUAUGCGAUCUUGUAAAUGAGUCAGAGGAGGGACCAAGGGAUGCUAUCAAGGCAAUCCGUAGAAGGCUGGUUCAAAAUGUUGGCAAAAAUUACACAAUCAUCAUGUACACCCUCAUUGUUCUGGAAACCUGCGUGAAAAACUGUGGAAAGCGCUUCCAAGUACUAGUAUGCACGAAAGAUUUCAUUCAGGAACUUGUGAAGUUGAUUGGACCGAAAAACGAUCCACCAACAGUAGUGCAAGAGAAAGUUCUCAGUCUUAUUCAGGCUUGGGCUGACGCUUUCCAAAACGUACCUGAAAUGUCUGGUGUGGUUUCUACAUAUAAAGAUUUGAAAGCUAAGGGUAUUGAGUUUCCAGCUACGGAUCUCGACGCUCUGGCUCCCAUCCAUACACCUAAAAGAUCUGUUAAUGAACAGCCUGUAACAUUGGAGCCUCAAACACAAACUUCACCAACUCGUCAAGUAGCGAGUCCCACUGGUGGUUUGUCUCCAGAGCAGAGAGCUAAACUUCAGUCUGAAUUAGAUGUUGUGCAAAGCAACAUGAAUGUCCUUGGUGAAAUGCUGAGUGAAAUGACGCCAGGUAAAGAAAACGUUGACGAAUUGGAGCUUUUGCAGGAACUGAACAUUGCAUGUCAUUCUAUGCAAGAAAGACUGAUGGAGCUCAUCAGCAGAUUGCCUAACGAUGAACUAACUGCUGAAUUAUUGAGAAUAAAUGACGAUAUGAACAACUUGUUCUUACGUUAUAGUAGAUGGGAGAAGAACCGGGAUGCAAAGGGACAAUCCCCUUCAGCAAUUAUAUCCAAAGCUUUUCCACCAAUGGGCAAACCCACCCUGGAAGCUUCUGAUAGUCUUAUUGAUUUUGAUGACGAUUUGCCUGAACAGCUGAGUAAAUUGAGCACAUCUGACGCAACUGCUUCGUCCCAGUUGAGUAAAAUCAAUACUGUUUCUGCUAAAAACUCAGUAAAACCCGAAGAUGACUUCGAUAUGUUUGCCCAGUCGAGAAAUGUCACCUAUGAAUCAUCUAAAACUUCAGGAAGUACCUAUGAGGAUAAUUUGGAACCAAAUCAAGUAUCAGGGGGUCUCAGCUCUCUCACCUCUAAUCCCAAAUCAGAAGAAUUGGAAUUCCAUGAAAUGGCCAAUUGGCUCGGUGCCACUGGGGGUAACGAAGAAUCUGUGACUAGCAGCGAAUUUGAGAGAUUUCUUGCUGAAAGAGCCGCUGCUGCAGAAUCAAUAGCUCCCCUAAGUGGCACUCAAAAUGCCCCUAAAAAAGAAGAGGGGCAUUUUCCACUGUAAGUUAACCAAAAAUAUUCAUCAUUAUUAAGAUCAAUGUGAGUUAAUCUGGAGCAAGCAGAUUGUUGAUCAGUUUUUUGUUAUCUUAUGAUUUUGUUGACUAUUUUAUAAGAUUUUAUGGGCUUUUCAUAGUCGAUAUCAAACAAUACCAAAUUAAUAUAUUGUGAUUAGAUGUCAGAACCUGAAUUUUAUAUUAUAAUCUUAUAAUUUCCCCAGAUACCUCUAUCAAAAUGUAUUGAAGACAAAGGUUUCAAAAUUCUAGAGUCUUUAAUUGUUAUUUACCUUGUAUGAAAAAUAUUUGAAAUUGAAAGAACUGAUUAAUUAAAAUAAUAUUGGUCAAAUAAUUGAAAAUGUAGAUAGUAAGAGUUUCAUUCCACUGUAAUUGAUUUUAUGAUUUAUAUAGUAAGUUAUAUAAUAUGUAACAUAGGAUUCUUCAUUUGCAUAUUGAUAAAAAUCAACUCCUUAACAAUACCAGAAUCUAAUUAACAAAAAACCCGUAUAUUUAUUAUUGAAUCUAUUUAAAUAUAAGUUUUAUUCUUAAGAUAGUCUGUACGAUUUGAUUUUAUUGAAAUUCAGUGCGUUUAUUGCUUUGUUAUCUUGUGUAUCGUCAUAUCUGAAACCUAUAAAAGGAUUAUUUUUUAUGCGGAUGGUUAAUCACUGGAGCAACAAUGCUUUGGAAACUGCUUUAGCGAGAUUAUUACAAAUGCUGCUAGACUAAUAAACUAGUUUUGAUUGCAUUUGGUGGCGAAAUACGCUAGAAUUAAUGUUAUGUGUAUUACUCCGCUAUUCAUAGUAUUAUUUCAUAAUUGUAUGGAUUAUUUACAGAGUGAUAAAUGUUCAAUUUAUAAUCGAGUUAGCCUUUUUUUCAAUAAACUAUCAUUAUUAUGUGUUUUCCUACAA